AUGCCUUAUCCCCCUUCCCUUUUGACUAUUGCUGGACGUCUGAUUCCCAAGUGUAUUUAUGUUUACAGUGGCCUAGGUGCCAGCGAAAGGUGUUUAAAGCAGUUGAUUAACUGCCUAGAAACUUUUACGGAUCGAAAAGUUGUUGAACUCUCAGCCGACGAUCUUUUACAUUCGAAUUGGCAAAAUAAUGCCGAUCUUAUAUGUUUUAGUGGAGGCUAUGAUAAAGGAUUUUUAUCAGCCUUGGGUAUGAGGGGCUGUAAUCUUGUUAGGGAAUUUGUUAUUGGUGGUGGCAGAUACUUGGGGAUUUGUGCUGGGGCCUACUUUGCCUCCCACAUUUGCGAAUUUGAUAAAGGUGGUGAAAAUGAGGUAAUCGGCGAGCGGCAAAUCGUUCUUUUCAAUGGCACCGCUCGUGGUCCCGUAUAUCCUGGCUUUGAAUAUAAAUCGGAGAGGGGAAGUCAUGCUGCAUUUCUCAUUACAGAUGAUGCUCCUUGUCAAUUUCCUCGUUUAGUUUCCACUUAUUUUAAUGGUGGACCCGCUUUUUUCAGUGAUAACUGGAAUAAAACAACAGUGCUCUAUAAAUAG